AUGUUACUAUCAUUCUUCAGCAUCUUCAACCACCAGCUUCUUGAUGCUACAACCAACGAUUCAAAGGAAUCCGGAAAAACCGUGGACAAACUUUUAGGAGGGCUUCUUACUGAAGAGUUUGAUGAAGAUUCUUGUCUGAGUAGGUACCAGUCUUCAUUGUAUCGCAAGCCUUCACCUUACAAGCCUUCUCAACAUCUCGUCUCCAAGCUCAGAAGCUACGAGAUGCUUCACAAGCGUUGCGGUCCAGGCACAGAUGCUUACAAGAGAGCAACGGAGAAGGUUGGUCAUGACGAUGAUGAGAAUUAUGCAAGCAAAUCUGUUGGUGAAUGCAGAUACAUUGUAUGGGUCGCUGUUUAUGGUCUGGGAAACAGAAUACUUACUCUGGCUUCUCUGUUCCUCUAUGCUCUCUUGACUGAGAAUCAUUCUUGUUGA